ACCGCACUUCCAACUUCCAAAUCCGUGGUUUUACUUUUCUUCUCAGUAACAAUGUCCUUCAUUCCCGACGAGAUUUGAAUUUUGAAGCAUAUAUUGUUGAUCCCUUCCUCAUCGACCAUCGAUUUGCACUGCACAAAUACUCGGACUCGGAGACCCCUUCACGGAGCUCCGUCGUGGGCUCGUGGCCAAGCACCACGGCAAAGAUCGGUACCUGCUCUCAUCGCCGGUGGCCUCAAGGACUUGGGCACCAAAAAUCCCGUUCUCUACCUCGAUUUCGAAGUUCCCGCCUAAUUCACACGGCUUAUGCUGAAGACACUGCUGCUGCUGCUGCAAGAAAAUAAAAUAAAAAUUGCCAAAAUAGGGAAACACAAAAUUGUUGGUGGUGUUGAGGUGCUAAUUAGAGGACAAAUUGCAAAUGGCUACAUCUGUUAAUAAGAUUGGACACUGGAAGCGAAAAGAGUUGUGGUUUCUUGUAAUUUAUGCAAUCCUUUUCUAUGUUAUCAUCAUCAACCGUUCACUUCAACUCUCUCGUGAUUAUUACAAACAGCUUCACGGUUUACGCCCGGGAUGGCUCAUAGCUCAUUACCUCAAUGAUGUUUCAGAUGCUCAGUGGAGGAAUUUGCGAGGAAAUAUACCUGUUCUUACUCUUGUCUUUGCAAUUUUCACUCUGCUGGCCAAUUUCAUGAGGGCCUUCAAUUUAAGAGUGAAGGGAAUGUCCAUUGUCUGGCUUUUAUUUUCUUUGGCCUACUUAUCAUAUCUUCAUGGAGCAUGCAUUGUAUUUAUCCUGUCAAUAGCUACUGGUAAUUUUCUUCUUGUUAAGAUCUUUGCACAGAAGGAGUACUUUCCUCUUGUAGUUUGGAGUUACAACAUAUUGUUUCUUCUCUGUAAUCGGAUUUAUGAAGGAUAUUCAUUCUCUAUAUUUGGGCAACAGUGGGCAUUUUUGGACAAUUACCGGGGCAGCUUUAGGUGGCACAUAUGUUUCAACUUUGUUGUUUUGCGCAUGAUAAGCUUUGGAUUCGAUUUUCACUGGAGUUAUCAAAAUUCUCAUUUUGAUCAGGAGAAGCAUUAUCAGCAUUGUCAUAUUUGUAAAUCCGGAAAAUCUUGCUAUCAAGUUUUACAGGAGAGAAGUCUACAUAAUGACAACUUUGGAUAUAUCACAUACCUUUGUUAUUUGGUAUAUGCACCACUUUAUAUUGCGGGUCCAAUACUGAACUUCAAUGCCUUUGCCUCACAGAUAGAUGUUCCUCAAAACACUAAUUCAGUUAGAAAUGUGACACUCAAUGGUUUCCGCUGGGUAUUGAGUCUUCUCCUUAUGGAAUUAAUGACACAUCUAUUCUACUAUAAUGCCUUUGCUAAUAGUGAUUUGUGGAAGCACUUAUCUCCUAUGGACGUGUUCAUCAUUGGAUAUGGCGUAUUAAACUUCAUGUGGCUAAAAUUUUUACUGAUCUGGCGCUUUUUCCGUUUCUGGUCACUGAUAAACGGAAUUGAGGCUCCAGAGAAUAUGCCAAAAUGUAUUAAUAAUUGUCACAACUUGGAAGGCUUUUGGAAAAACUGGCAUGCUUCCUUCAACAAGUGGCUUGUGAGGUAUAUAUACAUUCCUCUUGGGGGAUCUAAGAAAAAGCUACUAAAUGUGUGGGUUGUUUUCACAUUUGUUGCAAUCUGGCAUGAUUUAGAGUGGAAACUUCUUUCAUGGGCAUGGUUGACGUGUUUAUUCUUCAUCCCUGAGUUGGUUUUAAAAUCAGCAGCAAAAGCAUUUCAGGCUCAGAGUUCUUUUGGAGAAUGCAUAUUUCGUGAACUCAGUGCUGUUGCUGGUGCAGUGACAAUUACUUGUCUCAUGGUGGCUAAUCUGGUUGGAUUUGUGGUUGGACCAAGUGGCAUUAACUGGUUGCUUUCUUCUUUCCUUAACAAGGAAGGUUUGCCUGUCCUUGGUGGCAUGCUUAUGACAUUUUACGUUGGAACAAAGAUUAUGUUCCACAUAGAUGAAGCAAAGCAAAGGUCCCCCUGAACUGGGACAAAUAAUAUUUUAUCAUACUCAUGUUUAGUGCUAGGAGUUUCAAAUCCAGUACAGAACAAUGUGCUUGACUUGGAGGUGUCUGUGGGUGCCUUUCGUUUUUUGACAGAUUUCCUGAUGAGUGAUGCGCUAUUGUACAUAAAAUUGGGAACCAUGGCUUCGAAUUUUCUACAUCAUCUAAUGUCACAGAAUACACGGAAAAAUGAAAAAGUAAAUCUGUUGAACUUGACACCUUAUAACAUCGAUUUUUGGUUUUUUCUACACCAAUCUUUUAUAAAACCCUUUUAUCCCUACA